UUCCUUUUUGUAAUUCGAGAAGUCGACGUAGUAUAGAGUAUAUCGUGAUUCGCGAGUUAGUGUGGGUGCCAACCCAACCGUGACAGUUGCGUGUUAUACACGCUUUAUACGUUAUACGGCACUGGCUGCCAGCUGGAGCGCUGGACUCUGCGCCACACAGCGACUCGGGAAAAACCAUCAUGAUAAUGCUGGCAAGCGCAACGCUAUACGACGUGCUCGUGCGAAUAUACUAACACACACACACACAUACAAGAGAUGAUUUUGUGUGCGUGCGUGUACAUUUUUUAACAAGUGUCUCGCAUUCGUGUCAGCCGCAGCGCUCUCUGCGCUGUAUUUUUUUCAUCAGUAACUCGAGAUACCUCGACCAGCGAGCAGCUGUGCUGCCGUCUUCUGUCCUAGCCAAUACUUGUUAUUAUUUUAUUUUGUUUUUCUUUUCUUUUACUUUUGUGUUAAUGAAAUAAUUACAACACGUUGCACGAAAGUUGAAUGCAGUUUUUCCAUACUAUCUCCCAGUCAGUGUAUGUGUGUGUGCUCGUUCGCUGUCGACUGCAGAAAACAUUCGAGCUUAUUUUGGAAAAAUGGAUUCAGUUGAAGCAAUUGGUAAAGAGGUACAUAUACGAGUGUCACACUGGAUUCGUAGUUUCCGGGAAAUGCGACGUCGCACUAGUCCAGUGCAGCAAUGGGUUGACUCUAUACCAUCACCUAUAAGAAAAUCACCUAACUUGGUCAGACAGCACAGCGUAUCAGUUGAUACGGAUACCAUAUCGACUCCUGAAACAAGCACAAUUGAACCAGUAAUCGUCGAUAAAGAGAAUUCCAUUAAAAACUCAAACAUGACAGUCUCGACACCUGUAUUAGUUCCUAGCUCACCCACAAUAAUCGUGGAAAGGCCAAGCAAUGUAUCAAGAUUGGCCCGCGAUCGUAGCUUCCAAUCGGACAGUAGCCGCUGCAGCAGCGUCGAGUAUCUGCUGGAGCACCGUCGCAUGGACCCCGAGGAGAUCCUCAUGAAUCUCGGCUUCGGUGGCAGUGCGCAGGGCCCGAGCGAGCAGGCCGGGCCCCUGGCGCGCAUACCCAAGCGCUUUCUGCAGCCCUCCCGGCUACGCGGCAUCGUCAUCGAGGACUUCGUCAAGCACCAGCAGGAGACCAGCGAAUCUCUGGACUCGACAUCGCUCGGAUACCGAGGCCUGACCGGUUCUCCGUAUGUAGCGCCUUCGGAAAUUGUCCAGAAAAUCAUGCAAAGAUUGCGCGAGCACGAGAAUCAAGAGCUCCAGGAGAAUAGCUUUAGCGAAUUGCCUAACCAAGAUCCCGAUCGACUCUCGGUUCUGUCGCCCGAUAACAGAUCGUUCCUCAACAGGCCAAGAUCGAAGAGUCCGGAUUUGAAAAACAAGCGUAUGAUCAUCGGUGAACGAUCGUACGGAUUCGACCAAAACGGCGACCUCGUGGAGAUCAAUCCGUCGCGCUUGACGCAAACCAGGCCGCAGGAAAGCACAACGACCAGCACGGCCGACGACGAGCACAUCAUUAGCAAAACUUUCGAUGACAUAGUCGACCUCGACGACGAUGACGACGAUGAUGAUGAUGACGACGAGGACGAAGAUGAUGUAGGGCCGUCGCACACCUCGACGCCGAUCGUAUCGAAGGCUCCCAGUGUAUGCCAAAGUUUAUUAUUGCUACGAAACGUCGACAAUAAUGACAGUUACGAUAAAUUUCUUAGAUCGACUGGAGGUUCGACGCCCGAAGAUAACGCGAAAAAGACCUUGUCGAGGCAGCAGAGGAUCGGCUCGGAUGAUAUCCAAGACGUGCCGUGCUGGCGAGCGGCGAAUAAAGUUAUUGAGAAAAACAAAAGUCUCGAGGACGCCGUGAACGAGAGCCGAGUCGAAAUAACCGAAUUGCGAAACAUGAUGAACAGUGCGAUGUCGGUUAGGAUGGAAUCUGGUUGUUGAAUUCGUUGUUAUCGUGUAUAAUGUGAGACUCGUGAUCGACUGCUUUAAUUUAGUUACUUACUUUUGUACACACACACGCGCGCGCAAUCGUUUAGGAGAUUAAUCUUCUCGCUAUAAAAAAAAACAGUCUGAGAUAAUUUUAUUAAACCGUAUCAUUCCAUGCGAGAAAUGUUUCCUAAGUAAUACUUAAGUUUUCUGGAAUUAAUGUUAAAAAGUCUAGAAUAAGAUAAUUUUUUAUCUAGCUCUAGCAAGAAAAAGUCCUAAUAUCUAAGUAGAGAUUUUGAAAAUUUUAUUUUUGUCGAGACAAUCGUCAAUUUACUAAGUUACUGCUUGAAAUUUCUUUUAACAUUGAGAUAAUCAAAUGUAACUUGGGACCAUAGGAAUUGUAAAUCUUUUGGGUGUACUCUUUUAAGUAACCCUAAACUCUAAGCGCCUAUAACCGUCUGCCUAUUCUUCCAUUAGCCUAAAGUAAUUACAAAGUAAUUGUGAAUGCAGUAAUUUUAAUGAUAUUGUAACAUAAAUAAAAGCAUUCCCUUGUACAACAAGUUUAUAUAAAAGCAAUUAAGAAAAAUCAUAGACCAAUAGAAAGUUUCUUCAAUCUUGACAAGAUUUUAAGAAACGAAAACAAAUGAUACAAAACUUAUAAGAAAUUAAUCUUGUUUCAGU